AUGUCUGGAGACAUUUUUAAUUGUUGCAACUGUGAUGCAAGGGGCAGAGUGUGGCCGGUGCCUGGCAGGAAGAGGCCAGAGUUGCCGGUAAACACAUGCUGCACAGGAUGGCCUCCACAGCGCAGAAUCAUCCGGCCCUACCUAACAGUAAUGCCGAGGCCAAGGGGCCCUGGCUUAAGUGGUAUUCUGCUGUGCUUUGGUUUUCAACCCCCAAAGCAGGAUGCACAUUCAGGUGUUCCUGUGUUGAUUUUAGUCUCUGGCUUUGAAAGUUUCUUUAAGUAUUUUGGUGGCUCUCCACACCACUCAUAUACUUUUGAGUAA